UAUUAUUAAACAUCUGCCUUUUAGAUUUAAUAACAUGGUCAUAAGUGUUGAAUGAAAAUAUUUAUAUAAAGACCAAUUGAGUUGUUUGGGAUUUUUUCUGCAGAGAUCUCUUAACUAACACACUGAAGACAGUUUUUCCUGUUCAGUUGACCAUAUGAAAUCAAGAUUUUGAAGGUGUUUGGUUCCCUGAGAAAAAAUGUAGUUUUUCCAAUUUUGGGGGGAUAUCAUCUGAUUCUCAAAUCAAAAUUAAAUGUUUUUGCUAUGUUGACAGUUUUUAAAUAGCGUUCCUCUGUACAGUUGUACUAAAGUUUUUUUAGGUUUCUCUUAUUUUUAGCAUUCUGUCACUGUAGGUUUAGUUGUGCCUUUACUUUAAUAUCUGUUAAAAUGUCACUCCACCAACUGUAAGAGAACUGAGACUAAUUUGCUGUCUAAAUAUUAUAUGUCAAAGUGUUUAUAUAAGUGAGGCAUUUUGGGAUCAUCCCCAAAGAGGGAUAUGUCACCAGUACUGUGAAUAUUGUCUGUCUAGGUUUGAAAUCUAAACGUGAUCUGAUCAAACACAAUAAACCCAAAUCUUUUACUACCACUUGGUUUUGGGUGCUAAUUUUGGCCCUGAUACAACAGAGACCUACGCACUGGCUUAACUUGAAACAUAAAUAGCCUCAUUGUGUGCUUAAAGUUAAGCACGUUCAUAAGUCUUUGCAAGAUCAGGUGCUUUGUGUAUGUCCAUAAAUACGUUUUGUUCCUGGUCCUCCUACAAGCCACUAGAGAAUCAUAGCUGAAAAAGGCUCUAUGCUUGUGCCAUUCGCUCCAAAACCAAAUAAUAAUAAUAAAAAAAAAUCUUGUCAAAUUUGCCAUAUAUUUCUGGACAUCCAGGUCAGGAUUGUUUUUCAUUACUCUGAGUUCCAGCAUAGUGCUGCUUAGCUUUUGCAAAUCCUCAGAUUACGAGAGAUCCUCUCUGUAAAAAAUCGAGUUCAAUCACAAUGGACAUUUUCUGUCAGAAAAUGUAAUGUACACAUUGCAUAAUGUACAACAUAUUUUUUAAGAUAGGGAUAAUUAAUUUAUAUUUCUUUGAUCUAGAAUGACAAGCUCAGGGUUGUGGUUGAUGCUGUGCAUGCUGACAACAUGAGUGUCUUAUUGAAAUCUGCAGCUUUGACAGGUCUGCAUUCAUCCACCUGUACUCUUUGAGCUUAAUGCUCUUUCGGCUGAUGUAAGCUUGGCCUAUCUCUGGGAUCCUCUGUUAUCCUUGUGUAGUAGAAUGAAACAUGGCUGAGGAUUCUCAGAGAAACUUCCGUUCUGUCUACUAUGAAAAAGUGGGAUUUCGUGGUGUUGAAGAAAAGAAAUCAUUGGAAAUCCUACUGAAGGAUGAUAGAUUGGAUAUUGAGAAGCUUUGCACAUUUAGUCAAAGAUUUCCUCUCCCAUCUAUGUAUCGUAUCCUGGUGUGGAAGGUGCUUUUAGGAAUUAUUCCUCCUCACCAUGAAUCUCAUACUCUGGUGAUGAAGUACCGAACGGAACAAUAUAGGGAUGUGUAUCAUGCCCUCCAAGUAAUUCGGUUUAUCAAGGAUUCUACCCCACAGGUUGAAGUUUUCCUUCGCAUGCAUCAACUGGAGUCAGGAAGGUUGCCUCGAAAUUUGGCUUUUCCUCUGGAACCAGAAGAUGAAGUGUUCCUUGCCAUAGCUAAAGCCAUGGAGGAAGUGGUGGAGGAUAAUAUUGACUGCUACUGGCUUGUCAGUAGUUUUGUGAAUCAGUUAAACAACAAAUACAAAGAUUCGUUACCACAGCUGCCAAAAGUUCUUGAACAGUAUUUGAAUGUUGAAGAUAACAGACUUCUGGCACAUCUGAAGGCAUGUUCUGCAGUGAGCAAACUUCCUUACAAUCUUUGGUUUAAGAAGUGUUUUGCAGGCUGUUUACCUGAAUCCAGUUUACAGAGGGUUUGGGACAAAGUUAUUAGUGGAUCCUGCAAGAUUCUUGUUUUUGUUGCUCUGGAGAUUUUGUUAACCUUUAAAAUGAAGAUAAUGGCCCUGACUAAUGCAGAGAAGAUCACACAGUUUCUGGACAAUAUUCCUCAAGAUAACACUGAUGCAAUAGUGAGCAAAGCUAUUGAUUUGUGGCACAAACAUUGUGGGACGCCGGUACAUUUGGUAUGAGAACGUGCUGCAGUCCUCAUGGUUUGGAAGGCCAUACCUUCUGAUGGUCCUUCCCUAGAUUAGUAUUUGUAGAUGUUAAAUUGUUUCACAUUUUUUGCUGUAAAUAUCAUGCUGAUUAAUUUUUAAACUGUUGCAGUAAAAGUAAAGACUGAGUUGUGCUA